GACCGACUGAACUUCCUGCUGCACCAACCCUUGAAGUGAGUGUUUGACCAGAACUUUCCCUUUCUUCUUCCAUAUGAUUUCUUCGUCUUCUUCUUCCUCUCCUCUGCAGUUCAAGCCAGAGCUCAUAAGCCAAGAUAACAAUAAAUCCUCAGCAACCCUAUUCUUAGCAAAAUCUAAAGCUUGGCAUGGGGGGCAGCAGUAAUCUUGAUUUCUUAAGGUUUCUUGUCUUAAUAUCAUUCUGUCUCCCUCUCACCUAUGCAGCAGCAGAAACCUCCACUUCAAACAUAUGCCCUAUGGACCUUAACUAUGUCUUAAGAAUCCCGUGGAACCAAACUCUUUGUCGAAACUUCAACCCUCUUGCUCAAAAUGACAAUACCAACAGCACAAGCAAGCCCCCAUGUUGCCAAACCAUACUCUCCCUCUUUGGGGUUGCCCUAUCUCAACAUCUCAAAGAAACCUCUUUUUUUCAACUUCCAAACUUAGCUACCUCUAGUUCUUGCCUUCAAGAUUACCAGUCAAAGCUCAUCUCUUUUUCUCUUUCCGACAAUCUUGUCUCUCAUUGCUUUAACCCUUUACAGUUUGUUACAGCACCUAACAUCUGUGCCCGUAUAGAGACAUCUCAAGACUGGGUUGAUCAACUUGGUAAGUCGACUUCUCUUGAUUCAGAUUGCCGGUCUGAUCUUACUGAUCUUACAGCUUGUGAUUCUUGUCUUAGAGCUGGUAAUAAAGUACAGUCGUUGUUGUUGUCUGCUGAUGGUAAUCAAACUCAUGCUCAAGAUUGUUUUUACUUUGCUGUUCUCUAUGCUGCUGGUGUUGUUAACGAGUUUGGUCCUGAAAGUGAUGGUGUUGUUUCAUGUAUAUUUGGUUUGGAAUUAAAUUCAAGAGUUGGUUCAGCUAGCAAUUCUCAUUCUGCUCUUGUUUUUGGCUUGACUGGUGCUGGUGUUGCUAUUUUGGUAAUGUCUAGUUUGUUAGGAUUGUAUCUGUGGUAUGAUAAGAAAUGGAGAAGGAAAAAGAAUUUAGGGUUUGGUUUUGAUUUAGAUGAACAACAAGGGUCUAGGCCUAAACUGAGGCCGAAUACAGGGUCAAUUUGGUUUAAAAUUCGGGAUCUUGAGAAGGCAACAGACAAUUUCUCGCAGAAGAAUUUUAUUGGGAGAGGCGGGUUUGGUUUUGUUUACAAGGGGGUUUUAUCUGAUGGGACAGUGGUGGCUAUUAAAAAGGUUAUAGAAUCUGAUUUUCAAGGUGAUGCAGAGUUUUGCAACGAGGUUGAGAUUAUUAGCAACUUGAAGCACAGGAAUUUGGUGCCGCUCAGAGGGUGCUGUGUGAUUGACGAUGAUGUAAAUUCUGAUGAGAGAGGCAAUCAGAGGUAUCUUGUUUAUGAUUACAUGUCAAAUGGGAAUCUUGAUGACCAUUUAUUUCCAUCAUCGGAUAAUCAAAUUCAAAAGCAAUUGUUAAGUUGGCCUCAAAGGAAGAGCAUAAUUUUGGAUGUGGCAAAGGGAUUAGCUUAUUUGCACCAUGGAGUCAAGCCUGGAAUAUAUCAUAGAGAUAUCAAGGGGACAAAUAUAUUGUUAGAUGCUGAAAUGAGAGCAAGAGUUGCCGAUUUUGGGUUGGCAAAGCAAAGUAGGGAAGGGCAGUCUCAUCUUACGACAAGAGUGGCUGGAACUCAUGGGUACUUAGCACCCGAAUAUGCUCUUUAUGGUCAACUGACUGAGAAGAGCGAUGUUUAUAGCUUUGGGGUGGUUGUUUUGGAGAUAAUGAGUGGGAGAAAAGCUCUUGAUUUGUCUUCUUCAGGGUCACCUCGGGCUUUAUUGAUCACGGACUGGGCCUGGUCAUUGGUGAAAGCUGGAAAAGUGGAACAGGCUUUGGAUGCUUCUUUGUUGAGAGGUGGUGAUUCUUCAAAUUCAAAUCCGAAGGGGAUAAUGGAAAGGUUUGUGCUGGUUGGGAUUUUGUGUGCUCAUAUAAUGGUGGCUCUAAGGCCAACCAUUCUGGAUGCGCUGAAAAUGUUAGAAGGAGAUAUUGAAGUUCCACAGAUUCCAGAUCGACCAGUGCCUCUUGGGCACCCUUCGUUCCAUGCUGAUGGCAAUAGUUUCAGCAUCUCACCAGUAUUGAGUGGACCAAAAUUACAGCCUGGAGACAUGCUUAGGUAAGCACUAAUGUCCUUAAAUGUCUUUCUUCUGCAUUACCUAAUGGAUCUAGAGAGGUGGGUGCAUGCAUGCGGCAGACCUCUUUCGCGAGUUAACCUGCAUAUCCAAGAAUGAUUGGUAAAGAAGAUGAAUUUAAAGUAUGUUGAACCAUUGAACUGUAUAGUGCUCAGUAUGUGGAGAUUAAUUCCUGAGUUUCUCAAGUUAAGAGGUAGAGAGUUUAGGGUAUCAUUAGUUGUGAUAGAAGUUCGUCAGACUUACCAACACUGUGAUGCUUUGAUGUUCUGAAGCUCCCAAAAUUUGUCGAGGCUUGGUAACCUAUUCUUAGUAGAAUUUUGAAGAUGGACAUGAACGUACAGUGUGUGUUUUUAAUCUGCUACUGUGAAUUGGAAUUUAACCUCUGCCUCGUAUCUAAGAUAAAUUGCUGAAAAAAUACAAAUUUACCCCAAAAUUCCAAAAAGUCUAGAUAAAUUGCUGCUAUUGGGAUCAGGUUUCUUCUACUCGGUUCUUUGAUUAAUGAAAUUUGGUUCAUUCUUCCAGGAAAUGAAUGAAUUCUCAGUCAAGCUGCAGGGACCUUAACCCUAUAUACAUGUUAUAUAUCAACAUAUGUUCCCUACUUUCCAUCAAUAUUAAAUUUAUGCAUAUAAAUCCCACCAUGGCUACUCAGCAUUGGUGUUUUUGUUUUCUGUUUAUUCAAGUUUUCAAUAUAUUUCUAUCACUUCCCAUUCCUUUGGUCGUCUGUGCUUUUACUUAACAUGGAUAUCAAUGAUUAGUCCAAGCUGCCAAUGUCCAACCUUGAUAAAUUGAUAAUAUUGACAUGUCCCUUUUGUUUUUGGAUCAAUGAUAAUAUUGACACUACAGAGAAAAUGACAAUAGAUCUUCUAAGUGGCCUGAGACUACAAGAGGUAGCCAUAUCAAGACUAGCCUACAAAAUACUUCAAAUCACCAUUUUAUGACAACAACAUUGCUUAGUAGACCAAUGCCUGACAAAAUCUAAAGCCAAAACAAAACUCAAAAGAGGACAGGUUGAGGCUGAUUUCCAAAGCCUAAGAAUAUGAAGAAGUUCAGCUUCAUUUCCAGUCGAGCAUACCAACAGAACAUGAGAAAAAUACAAACGAAAGGCCACACCAACAAUGUAACGAGGCUGAUAAAUUAAAGGCUAAAAGGUACAUAACACUCUUGAACUAUGGGUCAAAAUGCUAGUAGUCCUUGAACUAAGACUUCUAUAUCACUAGUUCUUGAACAUAUUGUUUGAUUUAACUUUUGUAAAGCUGCUUCAGAAUUAAGGUUUAACAAUUUGCUGCUUCAUUAC